UGACCACAGCCAGGUUCCCAGGGGCCCCCAGACCCAAAGCUCCUCGGGCGGGGAGCCCUGGCACACCGCCCUGGGGCUGCUGGCGUCCUGACUCGGCCUCCCGUCCCCUGGGGAGGGGGGUCGCGGCGGGAGCCCCGCCCCCAGGGCCGCCACCCAGCCGUGCUGAGCUGAGCUGGGCGAGGCUGAGCCCCGAUUAGCGGGUGGGGAGUGAGGCUCGGGUACUGCGGGGCAGGUCGGGCACUGCGCCAUGCCGCUGCAGGACGAGACGCUUCGGGAGGUGUGGGCCUCGGACAGCGGGCACGAGGACGGCGGCCCGAGCCCCGCGGCCCCGCGCCGCCCCAAGCAGAAGCCGAGCAGGAGGAAGACGGAGACGCCCGGCCCCGCCGAGCCCCACGCCGUCUACACCAGGUUCCUCAGGGACCCCGCGGCCAAGAAGCGCGACCCCCGCGACACCUUCCUGGCGGCCCGGGCCGCGCACGAGGAGGAGGAGGAGGAGGAAGACGAGGAAGCGGACGAGGAAAAGAAAGAGGAAAGCCCCGUGCCCGCCAGGAAGCCCCCGAAGGACAAGGCUUCCGGGGACAAGAGGGGCAGGAGGGCCAAGGCCCAGGCCCCCAGGGGGAACCUGGGGAGCCCCAAGCCUCCUCAGAGGCCUCUUCGCAUUAAGAAGAAGGAAGCUGGGGAUGGGACUAAGAUGAAAAAGACCAAGAAGAAAGGGGCUUCAGAGGCCGACAGGGAGCCCGCAGGGAGCCCGGCUGCCAUGUUCCUGGUCAGGGAAGGGAGCCCUGCUCAGAAGGCUGCGAAGAAAGGCCCACCCAAAGCCCCAGAGGAGCAGCCCACGGAGGAGGAGGAGCAGGAGGAGGAGGGGUCAGCUGUGGUGACCAGGAACAGCAAUCAGAAGGGUAGAGCGAAAGGAAAAGGCAAAAAGAAAGUGGAGGAGAGGCCCGCGUCCCCGCCCGUGGAGGUGGACGAUCUCCGCGAGUUCGUGCUGCGCCCCGCGCCCCAGGGCCGCACGGUGCGCUGCCGCCUGACUCGAGACAAGAAGGGCAUGGACAGGGGCCUGUACCCCUCCUACUUCCUGCACCUGGACGCAGAGCGGAAGCUCUUCCUCCUGGCGGGCCGGAAGCGCAAGCGCAGCAAGACUGCCAAUUACCUGAUCUCCAGCGACCCCACCAACCUGUCCCGCGGCGGGGACAACUUCAUCGGGAAGCUGAGGUCCAACCUCCUGGGGAACCGCUUCACCGUCUUCGACGCCGGGCAGAACCCGCAGCGCGGCUCGGGCGGCGACGUGGGCGACCUGCGGCAGGAGCUGGCGGCUGUGGUCUAUGAAACCAACGUGCUGGGCUUCCGCGGGCCGCGGCGCAUGACCGUCCUCAUCCCGGGCAUGAACUCUGAGCACCAGCGGGUCCCCAUCCGGCCGCGGAACGCCAGCGAUGGGCUGCUGGUGCGGUGGCAGAACAAGACGCUGGAGAGCCUCAUUGAGCUGCACAACAAGCCGCCUGUGUGGAACGAGGGCAGCGGCUCCUACACCCUCAACUUCCAGGGCCGCGUCACCCAGGCCUCGGUCAAGAACUUCCAGAUCGUGCACGCUGAUGACCCCGACUACAUCGUGCUGCAGUUCGGCCGCGUGGCGGAGGACGCCUUCACCCUCGACUACCGGUACCCGCUGUGCGCCCUGCAGGCCUUCGCCAUCGCCCUCUCCAGUUUCGACGGGAAGCUGGCCUGCGAGUGACCCGCAGCGCCCGGCGGCCCG